CAGUUUGAAUGGCACGUUGUUGCGAGGUAGUUCGCUAAAGUGUUUGCGGGUAGGGUGAAGGGAGCUCACCUAUGUGGGUGGUUCACUGGGAUUUCAUUUCCUCUUUUUCGCAUGGAGUAACCCAGACAUUACAAACUUGUGGACUGGACAUCUUGGGGGCGAUUACAUGACGCGCGGUAGCCCAAUUCAUCUGUUGAACGUUUGGGAAACUUAGAUUUGAAGUUAUCACCAACCAAUGAAUGCUGUUGAUAUGAACACGACGUGUCCAUUGGGCUGACUACUUCAGAUCUUAUGGCGGAUAAGGGACCCAUACUAACUUCAGGUAUCAUAUUUUACCUGUCAAUUGGAGCCGCGAUAUUUCAGAUUUUGGAGGAGCCGUACUGGAAGUUAGCAGUAUCUGACUACAGUGUUGCAAAGGCAGAACUUCUCAAAAAGUACAAGUGUUUGACCAAGGACGACCUAGAAUACAUCGUGCAGACGGUGACACAGGCAGCUGGAAGAGGCGUAUCUGUUGCCAGUAAUAACUCCUUCAACAACUGGAACUGGGAGAACUCCGUCAUAUUCGCGGCUACCGUGAUAACAACAAUAGGCUAUGGCAACGUGGCCCCUAAGACGGUGGGGGGCCGUGUGUUCUGUAUCCUGUACGGCCUGUGUGGCAUCCCCUUGUGUCUGACCUGGGUCAGCGAGGUGGGCACCUUCUUCAGCGGCCGCACCAAACGCCUCAGCCAGGUGCUGCUGCACAAGGGCCUCACACCGAGGAAGGUCCAGUGUUCCUGCAUUGCCCUCUUCCUCCUCUGGGGCCUGCUGGUGCACCUGGUCAUCCCUCCCGUCAUCUUCAUGUUCAUCGAGGAGUGGUCGUACCUGGAGGGGUUCCACUUCUGCUUCACCACACUCACCACCGUGGGCUUUGGGGACUACGUCGCAGGUGUGAACCCGGACGCCAAGUACCCGACGCUGUACCGCUUCUUUGUGGAGAUGUGGAUCUUCAUGGGGCUGGCCUGGCUCUCUCUCUUCUUCAGCUGGAACGUGUACAUGGUAGUGGAGGCCCACAAGGUGCUGAAGAAGCGCCGCUACCAGCGCCGCCAUCGUCAGUCGCUGGAGGAGCUGCGUCAGUACCAGGAGACCAUCAACUCGGUGCACUCGCCCACGUCCCAGGAGCCCAGGCCCAGCGCCAUCGACAUCUUCAACUACCUAACGGUGAAGGAGGAGGACUACGGCAGCAUCAUCAAGCAGAUCGGCAACGAUCCCAAGAAGCCCAAGAAGAAGAAGAAGGUGACCAUCCAGGAGGAGGAGAACCACCCGCCUCGCUCCAAGAGCUGCAACGACAUCCUCAACGACAUGGGCGUCAUGAUAAUGGAGCAGUCGCCGCGGCUCAAGCGUCGCCUCAGCAUCAGCGACAAUGUGGUCUUUGCGGUGGCCUUGAAGGGCAAGGACGCCAAGGCGGCGGCGUCCGGCCCCAUCGACGAGGAGAGCCAGCACCUCCUGGAGGACUCGGGAGGCGAGGACCAAAGCCCCGAGGCCAGCUCCAGCUCCAGCGAAGACAGCAGUGACAGCAGCCCUCGGCAGCAACCGGAACGGAUUAGCGACGAACACUCGUGGGACAGGGACGAUGAUGAUGACGAAGAAGAAGUCGAAUCGCCUCCACCGGCAACCUCACCGGUAACCUCACCGUCACCCAGCCAGUGUGGCGCUUCAGCACAAACUCAGGAGGAGAAGGAGAAGAACAAAGAGGAGAUGGAGGAUGUUGCUGGGAGCCGGUUUACGGUGUUAAAAGUGUCGGAGAACAGGUGUCCUAAAGAGAGCGAAGGAGAAGGAUGAUGACACAGGCGCAAUCUGGACACAACUGUUGUUUGACAGUAACUUGGGAGCUAGCGUAGCGUUUACCUUGGCCACAGGAACAAGGAGAGUAGACUGGGCACAGCUGGUUUCUGUGUUUCAGUAUGAAAGAGCCUGGCUACACUCCGUAAGCACAUAUAUUUUGUGAGUCACUGGAAAUAUCUGGAAACUGUUGCCCCUAUGCAUACCGUUCCACCAGUGGAAUGCAAUACUAGUCAUUGGAAAAGCUUUAUUACCACUACACCACUAUGACAGUACACAGGGCCAUUAGUAAUACAUUACAACUUGGUUAUUUCCAUUUUGGUAUUGCCUACUUUAUUAGAGGGGCUGUGUCUUACUGGGUUAACCAGCUUCAACCAACCAGUAUCAAGUGCCUGAAUGCAAACAUGCUAAAAUUUUACUUUUUCAGUAUGAAAGAGCCUGGCAACACUCCAUAACCACACAUCUGCAUGCUAGUGCACAGAUAUAUUCUGUGAGUCUUGAAACUUUAACCAGCUUCAACCAAUCAGUAUCAAGUGCCUGAAUGCAAACAUGCUAAAACGUAAUGCCUCAGGUGGUUACUUUUUUCAGUGAUCCCUCUGAGUGGCGUAGAGCUCUCUCUGCUUGUGUUGUAACCCAAAACAUUCCACCAACUUCUUCCGUAGCAGAAAACUGCAGUUAAACUGUGCUCUGAGUCCACAGUGAGCAGAGGUACGAAGACAGAAUUUGCCACACCAGGUAAACCACUGAGUGCCAGGGGCCUUCACAGGUGAAUGGUGAUCCCGUGUUCUCACCAGACCUGUUAGAGGAUUUAAAUGAACAUGACCAGUCAUGAUAAACUUCUUGCACUGCUGAUAGGUGAUCACCAACUUCUCUCUCUCUCUCUCUCUCUCUCUCUCUCUCUCUCUCUC